AUGAACCCAGCGUGCAGGGUGAGCCUGGAGGGCAGGGAGUGCCAAGAUUGGAUGAACGAGGUGUGUGCCCACUGCGCCCACCUGCUGCCCAGUUCGGAGGAGGCGGAGCUCUGGGACAAGUGGUGGGCGGACGAGCUGCCCGCUCCCUUCAAGAGCCACGUUAACCUGAUGUCCGCCUACGACUGCCACAAGCUGCGCAAGGAGGUGGCCCGCCAGGUGUUGGCUCACGGCGAUCAGGAGUGGUACGAGGAAGUGGGCAAUCCCGUCACCUGGACCGUAUCCCAUCUGAUCCUCAUGAUUCUGGUAAUGAUUUCCGCGCUGAUCACCAUGGUAUUUGCCCUGAAAAUGCUAUACGAUGGGGUACGACGAUGGUCGAAGCGAGUGAAAUGUAAGCCACCAAGAGAUCCAAAGCCCGAGAUGAAGCCACCGCCCCUCACUCCUCCUCCGCCGCCGGCUGAUGUGGAGACGCCGCCUCAAAAGGAUCCCUGCAAGCCGACCAAGCAGCCCAAAUCCUUCAUCUCCUUCGGCCGCAGCAAUGAUCCGCGCACUCGUUUCGGUCCCUACAAGAACCAGAAGCUGCUCAAGACCGCCUCCUCCAUGCUGGAGUGCCAAAAAACAGUGGAGGCGGAGUCGCCACCCGCCAAGUCCACGUCCAAGUCAAAGUCAACUCCAACACCACGAGUGCCAACGAGCGAGCAAAGCGACCAGCAGCACGUCGAACGGCAUUCGACGAAAAACAAAUCGGCCACAAAAUAA